GUUUGGAGUAUUCGAAUGCAAUAACUGCUAAGGGUUACUUAAGUCUUAAGUUAUGUUUUUCAAAAUUAAAAUGCUCACUAAGCGUUUGAGAAAUACUGUUAUCUUGAAACCAGAUAUUAUUUACUUGGCUGACGGCAUAACUCAAGGUGAAAGUAUUUCACCUUUGAUAUGAGCGAAGAGCACCAAGAACUGAAUUCAGCAUACACUACUGUUUCAGUGCUUCCUGUACAGGAAACAACUGAGGAAGAUGGAAGUCGACUUACUGUUUGGAGUCCUUCAAUGACAAAACUUUUGAUCACAUUGCGGCGUGCUAAUGACCGAUUGUUUGUAGAAGGUUUAGUAACAAAGAAAAAGGCAUGGGAUCUGAUAGCCAAAAAGGCAACAGAAGUGAGUGGGGUUGUGAUUGGUGGUGAACAGUGCUGUAAUAAAUGGAAGAAAAUUGAAAAAAAAUACAGAGAAGUUAAAGAAAACCAGGGAAAGCCAGUUGAAGAUAAAAACAUUAGAAUAGAUGAAGACUUCUGUGAAGAAAUGGAAGAAAUUAUGGAAAAUGAAGCAAAAAUGCCCCGUCUUUGUAAAAAAACAAAUCAACCGUCCACAAGCCAGGCGUCAGAUGAGUCUGAAGAUGAAGACUCUAACUUCACUGUUGAUGAAUCAUGUGAAUACAGUCUUUCAGCUUUAGCUAACUCCAAAAGGAAAAGGAAGCGUACUACUGCAACCGAAAUCGUUCAAGCUUUGGAAAUGUUCAGGAAAGAAAGAAAAAAAGAUGAAGAGGAUAGAAUGAAAAGACUAGAACAAAUGCAUAAAGAAAGAAUGCAACUAUUGGAGAAAUUAGUAACUGCCAUUACAAAAACAUAAAAGAUAAACAUGUCUUGUAAAAAAAAAUUAUUUUCAAGCUGAAUACUGAAACAUUUGUCCUUUUCAUGUAUUAAAGAUGAUGUAAGAUUA